AUGCUGCUUCUGCAUGGAAUAGAAUUUACUAUAAGGCAGGGUCAAAAUGUAAAAGAUUCUCAAGCGUUAAAUAUAAAUAUGAGAAAACAAAAAUUUUUAGGGUGUUCUGGGAUUGUAUCUAUCGAGUCAGAUGGCAAUCAGAGAAGCUUACCUACUAUAGGGAUUCAUAAUGUACGUUGAGACAAUAGCACGCAAUUGUUAUAUGAAGAACUAGUAGGAAUAUAUGAUACCAGCAGUUUGCAAUUGAUUACUUUAUUCCAAAGCAUUAUAUGGUAUGACAAUUCUACAAUAACACCCACAGAUUCUAUAGAAUAUGAAAAUGGGUGUCCAUUCCCUGAAAGUAAAAUUUUCCAUUCUGAGAAAGAUGCUAGCAUUCUAUAUGGAGUAUCAGCAGCCAUAAUAGCCCUUGCAAUUGUUAAGUCGUUUGUUAUUUGAAAGAAAUUCUUGAAGAGAAUAAAUACAGAAAAAUUAAUAGUUCCAGCACGUAUACAUUUUGAGGAUUAUUUUCUAAUGGGAAUUUUAGUUGUUGAUUUUUUCCAAUUUAUUUCUCAAGGUCCAGGUAUAAGUGAGUUCAAUGCUUGAUUAUCAAAAAUAUGUAACUAUUCACUCAUAAAUUUUAAUUCUUCAAUUACAGGAGAUAUGUACUGAGUUUACUUAUGCUCUGCAAUGAGCAUUUCUUGUUAUUUGUUCUUUACAGCUUUUAUUUUAUUUUUUGGUUAUGAUAAUUUUGAUAUUUGGAUCGUGAGAUACAUUAUAAACAUUGCUUUAUUUUUUAUGCCUAUUAUUGGAUAUGUUUUAUUUGUACCUGUUGUUACUACACUUUUAAGUAUUUUUGAAUGCGAUAAAGGAAUAGGCUCAAAUAUUUCUGAUUCUUUUAUAAAGUAUGACUGCACAGUUUAUUGCUGGAAGCAUAAUUACUCUGUAUGGGCAGUUUUAUCAAUAAUAUCUAUGACAGUAUUUAUUCCUUUAGCUAUUUUUUUUAGAAAUUAUUAUGAAAUGAUUAAUAGCCAUAUUAAUAUAAAGACCAGACCUAUUUUUAUUAUAGAAAAAACAGUUUUUCAAGUUAUUAUAAUUGCCAUGAAUAAAACUGUAAAAAAUUAUGAUGAAGCCUUGCAUGGUCUCUGUUGUAUAAUUCUUCUCACCAUGCUAAUCUUUUUAUGCUUUAAAAGCAGUCCAUAUAAUUAUAGCAGAAUGAAUUGUUGGUUGAUUAUUUCGUAUUUUGCAGUUUUGUGAAAUUUUAUAUUGUCAUCGCUUUAUUGACUUAUAAGACUUGAUAAUUGAAUAGUGUGAUUUAUAAUAGAAUGGCUAGUUUGACUUCUUCUCAUAAUAGUUGGGAUAAUAUACCAAUGGAAAUUGCUACCAAGCUUAUUGCUGACUGAUAAGGGAAUAGAUAUAGCAAUAUUUUUGAAAUUUGGACUAGGAAGUCAGAUUUCUGCUAACUACUCACAUAUGGAGUGAGCAAGCUUUAGAUGAAAUCCUAUUUGUUUUGUAUAACCCUUCAUGAGCGAGUAAAAUUUUCUAAAUAAAAACUAUUUUUCUUUAGUUAUUUAAAGAGAUAAAUAAAAUGAAAAAAGAAACUGUGGAUAAUAAUUACUUAGGUAUUUCAAAGACUCCGAAUUUUGAUGAGCUGUCCAAUGCUUCUAGCUAUAGAUUUAAUCAGCACUUAGAUUUUGACAACUAA